AUGACUGCAGACUCCAUCAAAUCUUUAGGCUCUCGUAUUCCCAUCUGGCUUGAUUGCGACCCUGGUCACGACGAUGCUGUGGCCAUCCUACUCUCAUGCUUUCUUCCUCAGUUUGAACUUCUUGGGAUAAGUGCAUCUUAUGGGAAUGCUUCGCCCGAAAAGACUGCGUACAAUGCACUGUCGCUUCUCACCGCAAUGGGCAAAUGUAACCAAAUACCAGUUUACGCUGGAGCCCAAAGACCUUGGGUGCGCAAAGCUAUCUAUGCUCCAGAUAUUCAUGGCCAAUCUGGUCUCGACGGCACCAAUCUACUACCUGUUCCACGGGCACAACUGAGAUCUGAUAAGAGCUAUUUGGAAGCUAUGACUGAAGCUAUAGAGACACACUCUGGAGACAUUUCACUCAUAUCUACCGGCUCCUUGACAUCGGUGGCUACUUUGCUUCGAGAAAAACCACAUCUCAAAUCUAAGAUUAGAUAUAUCAGCAUAAUGGGCGGUGGUAUUCAUGUCGGAAACCGCAACGAAAACGAAAGUGCUGAAUUUAACAUAUGGAUAGAUCCUCAGGCUGCCAAUUCGAUUUUACAGGACCCAGAGGUUAACAAUAAAUGUAUCCUGAUACCGCUAGAUCUUACACACAAGGCGAUCGCUACCAAAGACGUAGAAUCAAGAGUUUUAUCGGAUGGAAGCACAAAUUUUAGAAGGCUCUUUUAUGAUCUUUUCGUAUUUUUUGGCCACAGCUAUGAGAAUGCUCAAGGUUUUGAAUCAGGAGCUCCUGUGCAUGACCCUUUAACUCUAAUGCCUCUCUUGGAGCUUUACAAAUUACAGAGUUCGGAAGCAAUUAAAUUUGAAUACAAGCGUCUUGAAUUAAAUGCCGUAGAAUCCGAGAACAGCCCUGACCUAGGUCAAACAAAAGUUUUUAAAGAGCAUUCCAAAAACAGCAACAAGGGCACAAUAGUGGGAUUUGACCUCAAUAUCCAGUACUUCUGGGACCAGGUGUACCUGGCAUUAAAUCUAGCGUCUCAAGAGUCUACCAUCUAA